AUGGUAAUAUAAUAUUGUUUUACUGACAAAUUGAAAGUUUUACAAAUUGUAAGUUUCGUUGUGUUUAAGGUUCAAUAAGUUAUUCAUCUUUAAUGAGUUCGCGGUCAUAAAAUGAAUAUUCAACUGUUUGCCUAUAUACUUAUAGCGUAGUGUUUCUUACUGGUGCAGUGUAAAUUGUUAGAAAGAAAUGCUAAAGUUGAUAUUUUGUAUCGUUUACAAUAAUUUAUAAUAAACUUUAGUGUACCGAUAAAAUCUGGUAACCGAGUAAAUUGUAGCUUUUGUAAAAUACAAAAUGGAAGAGAAGUAUGAUCAUUCGACUCCAAAAUUUGGUUCUCAGCAGAUGAGAGAUACGUUUCGACUGAGUGAUGCAUAUGUAAUGCUUAACCAUGGAUCGUAUGGUUUUCCACCACAACCCGUGCUUAACAAACGGAAUCAAUUGUUGGAGGAACAAGAAUCCCACCCUUUCACAUGGUUCCGCACAAAUUUAAUGGACUAUUACAUGGAAUCUGUUAAAAUUGCUGCAAAUCUAAUCAACGGCGAUGUUGAAGACACGUUUAUUUUGAGUAACGUAACUGAAGGGACAAACUGUAUUUUAAAAUCGGUAAUGCUCAAAGAAAGAGAAAAUGGAGAAAUUCUAAUGAACACUCAUUCAUAUGAAGCUGUUCAGAAUAUGCUCUCAGAAAUGGAAACAACUUAUGGUACAAAGACAAGAUGCGUUGAAAUCCGUUUUCCAAUCUCUGAUGAACAAGACGUGGUUGAUUUGUACGCAAGGCAACUGGACCUUUAUCCGAAUAUUAAGAUUGCGGUGAUAGACCAUAUUACAAGUCCUACUGCUUUGAAAUUACCUGUUGAAAAAAUCGUUGAGGUUUGUCGUGAAAGAAACGUUCUUACUUUGAUUGAUGGAGCUCAUGCACCCGGUCAACUUGAUCUAGACAUGAAAAAGAUAAAAGCAGAUUUUUAUGUCGGCGACCUUCACAAAUGGUAUUACACAAGCCGUGGAUGUGCUCUGUUAUGGAUUUCUCCCAAACACAGAAACAAAAUCCUACCUGUGGUCACAGAUUACUGCAAAGAUACGAUGCAUCAUCAAUAUUGUUACUGGGGAACACGAGACACUUCGUCACAGCUCACUUUAUCUACUGCAUCAAAGUUUUAUGAAAAUAUUGGUGGAUUGGAGACUAUCACUGGGUACAACAACAAGUUGGUGACAUGGGCUCAAUCAAUGUUAUGUGAAGCAUUGGGAACAAGACCCUUUGAUAUACCACAGUCAAUGAAACCGCCCAAUAUGGCUAUGAUAUAUUUGCCAAAAUCGUCAAAAAAGAAGAUUGGAAGUUAUGAGUUGACGGUUCAUUUCAUAGAAAAAUACAAUGGAAUAACAGUUGGAUUUACAACUAUUGAUGGAGAGGUUGCUUUAAGAGUAGCAGCAAAUGUCUACAACUGUAAAGAUGAUUACUUCAAACUGAGAGAUGCUCUGCUCGAUUAUUUUAAUGAAUGAAAUUUAAGUUUAUUUGGGGGUUUGCAGAAUGAAUAUAUAAGUAAACCAAUUGUGUUUGUGCUUACUAUCUUUUAGGUCGCCCAACCACGUUCAAUCAAAUAUAGCUUUAGUAAGCUGUUACAUAACUUAUUUGAGUAUGUAUUUCACUAACAUGAUUGUUAAUCAAACUCUAAACUCUACUGAUCACAAUCAAUGCAAUAUUUUGUACUGAUCAUAAUUAUUUAGACGUUUUGUGCUAAUGAUAGUUAUAUAGAAGUGUAUAACAUAUAACGGAGAAGAAACCUUUAAAAUUAGAGGAACAAUAGUUAAAUAAAAAGAAAGUGUUUAUAGUCCUCUACUGUUUUAUGUGUGGUCGGAUAAUAUAUAGUAGGGUGGGGAAACACGGGACACCUUUAGCACAUAGCCUAUUAUCCAAAUAUCUUGAUAGUGUUUUAAACAAAUAACAAAAGUCUAUGGGAGUCGUGAGGGCACGGUUUCACAUUUCUUUGAAUGUUCUUUGUUUACUACUAAAUAGAAUGAAAAGGUGUUCAAAUAAACCAGCAAAAAUAUA